AUGCAGACUGUUCUUUCUGUUCCGUUUGGGCCUCAGGUUGUAACGUCUCUUCCGCUGGUUCGGGAGAAGUACGUGGCUCUGCUGCCUGCGCUUCUCGUUUCUCUGUCUGCGUCUGCGGGCAUGCCGACUGCGGAUUUCCUUCUCCGGCAAAGCGCCCUCGCGGCCGCGCUUCAGUCGCCGCGCUACCGACUCCAGCACGCGCGGCGUAGGGCCGCGGUGUUGAAGAAAGUUGCGCGCGCGGAGCGAGGCAACGGAGACGCCCUCGAAGAGACAGAUGAAGUGCACGCCUUGGAGCACAAGAUCGCCGAUACAGACGCCGCAAAAUGUCUGGCGUAUCUGGAGACGGACAGCGUGACGCCUCAGCUGUAUCGACACCUGGUGGGAACGCUUCAUCCGGAAUUCGCGUCCUCGCACCAGCAAGAUGCAGAAGAGUUUUUCUCUCUUCUCCUUCAGUGGCUGGAGGACCGAGACCGCGAGGCGGCGACGCGCGUCGAGGAGGCCCGAGAGCAGCUGCGGGCCGCGCAGAGCGGCGCGGCGGAGACAGUUGUUGCUACAGACUUCACAGAGCACGACGUUGCAUGCGCAGAAAAUGCGCUGAAAAGAGCCAAGAUUGAGCAACUCUUCACCUUCGCCGUCGAGCAGCGCAUCGAAUGUGCAGAGACGAAGCAAGUGCGGUACUCGUACACUCGGCAGCAAAUUCUCCCCCUUCCGGUCCCUUUGGAUCCGGAGAUUCAACAGCGCUUCGAGCGCGAACAGCGCGAACACGAAGAGGCGGAACGCCGGUCGAAAAAGCGACAGAAAAAGAAAGAAGGUCCAGGGAUCGACAAGGAACUGGAAGACCGUUCUUCGCCAGAGUCCACAACCACUGUCAGCAGUGAAAAUGGGGCGGGGAGUUCUUCGCCUGGAGGCGCGGAAGCGUCGUGCCCGCCUCCUCCGGAGCAACUUCCUUCCUUUACGCUCUCCGAGUGUCUAGACAGCUUUCUGUCUUCCACGCUUUUAAAGGAUUUCUACUCGUCAGCGACAGGGAAAAAAGGCGAGGCCUCCAAGCAACUGCGGCUAGCCUCGUUUCCGCCGUACUUGAUCGUUCAACUGAAGCGCUUCUUUGCAGAUCAAAACUGGCAAGCUAAGAAGCUCUACUGCCCCGUCUUGGUUCCCGAAGAAUUGAGCAUCGCCGAGGCACGAGGUUCCGGUCUCAGAGAGGGCGAAGUGGUGAUGCCCGAGGAGUCGAGUCGGCGACCGUCUGCAGGCGAAGCUGCCGGCGCUGUCACUGCGUUUGACGAGGAACUCCUCACCACGCUGCAGUCCAUGGGAUUUUCGGAAAAUGCGUGCAAGCGAGCUUGCCUGGCCGUUCAGGGCGGCAGUCCAGAUGCAUGCGUGGACUGGUUGAUGGCGCACAUGGACGACGCGGACGUGAACGAUCCGUUGCGCUCUGAGUCGCCGUCUUCGUCUGGGACUGACGAAGCUGUCGCGAUGAUUUCGUCCAUGGGCUUCACGGCCGACCAGGCGAAGGCGGGGCUGUUGGCUGUCGGACCUGGCGGCGACGUGUGCUCGCGAGCAGCAGACUGGCUGCUGAAUCACAUGGACGACUUGGACGCAGCCGUCUCGUCCGUGCUGGCCGAGACAGAGAAGACGCAGCGGGAAGCAGAGAUGGAAGACGUGUCGGCGCUCACGCCGCUUGAGAAGGCUCGGCGGGGUUUGGACGACAACCCGAGUGGCCUAUACAAACUCCACGGCUUUAUCACACACAUGGGGAAGAACGCCAACUCGGGGCACUACGUGUGUCACGUCAAGAGGGCGGGGAAACUCGUUCUUUUCAACGACGAAAAGGUCGCCGAAGCGGUGGAGCCGCCCAUCGACCUUGGAUACAUCUACGUCUUCCGACGUUCAGAUAUCCCUGAUGAGCCUUGA